AUGGAGCGGCGCGCAGGGGGCGCCUCGGACCCUAGAGGGAACAAAGGAGGCCGCGGCCGUUCGCUGCCCGCGGGUCCCAGCGCCCGGCAGCUGCUGGCUCGUCUGGACGCGCGCCCCCUGGCGGCGCGAGCUGCGGCAGAUGUGUCGGCGCUGGUGCGCAGGGCGGGAACCACACUGCGCCUGCGCGCCAAGGAGGCUGUUGGUGAAUCGGAUUCUGCUGACAUAGAGGUCACCGACAGGCGUCUGCCUCAUGUCACAGUUGCAGAACACCGGCCUCAGCAUCGGCGAUCAGAGACUAUCUGUCCGCGAACUGUGCCACUCCCAGUGGCCCAGGGCAAAGGACGCUGUGCUUGGAAGCCAGCGCAGGCCUCUGGUCAGUUCUCUGUGGAACUGCUCCGCGGUUCUGCAGGCUUUGGCCUCACGCUAAGUGGGGGCCGGGAUGUAGGGGGAGAUGCCGCACUUGUGGUGAGCGCGCUGCUCAAGGAUGGGCCAGCUCAGCGCUGUGGUCUUUUGCAGCCUGGUGACGUUGUGCUGCAUGUCAACGGAGAGUCAACACAGGGCCUCAGCCAUGGCCAGGUGGUGGAGCGCAUCCGAGCUGGAGGCCCCCGGCUCUCCCUGGUGCUCUGCCGGCCUCUUGAGAUGCAGCCUCAAAAGGCUGAGGGCACGGCAAGGCCCCACAAAGGCGGUGUCCCAUUAUCUUCAGGUCACAGCCUGGUUCCUGGGGUCCCCAAGGCGAUGAGAUCUCACCGUAGCACCAGCGCAUCCCCAGAUCAGUACCCUCGAUCCUCCACCACGUCCAAGACCCAGAGGAGCCCAGAGCCUAGUCCUCAAGCUACAGUGGACUGUCUCGCAAUGCCUCCUCCUCGCGAAUGCCGCUGCUCAGACGACCCAGAUGAUCAUGUUCCAGGUUCCCCAGGGCCCUGGCUGGUGCCGAGCGAGGAGCGCCUCUCACAAGCCCUAGGGGCCCCUGGACCAGGGCAACUGGCUCAGGAGGUGGCAGCUGGGAGGCGGAGGCACUGAACAGGAACCAGCAGCUCAGCUGGUGCCAGAUGUGGGAGUACUCAACCUGGAUCUGGCGCUCCCCGAUGGCUGCGCCCAGGAGAAAGCUUUCUGCUCUCAUCUCCUUUCCUGCUGCAGUCCAUCUUGCCCUGGAAGAGCCAGUCAUACAGCCCUCCCCAGCCCCCACGCUUCUGC